AUGGAAAGGAAUUAUCAGUGCUGCCUUCGCAAGCCGUUCGAUGAAAAAUUUGCUGCAUUACUAGGACUUAAAUUUGUAUCUCUCGCCGGAGGAAAUAAUAUAUCUAAUAGUUUUUCCAGAUGGUAUCAUUACAUUAGGCGGUAUAUUAAGGUUUGGCAUUGGUGGUGGUUCGGCUGUUUUGGCUUUUGCUGGUUUCAAAGACGAAGAGAUGGAUUUGGAAAAGCUUUGAAACCUAUAAGAAAUAGUAUCACGAAAGCGGAAAAACAGCUGAUACAAAAGAUCUGGAUAUGGAAAUAUACAGAAUAUAUUCAAGAGACUGCAUUCAGGGAUGCAACGAAUAAGAAUUUAUUUGCUCUAGGCUUUCCAGAAACAUCAACGUAUACUCAGCACCUGGUCGAAUUAUAUGAUCUUGCCGAUACUUUAAGACAAAGCAACGAGGUACAACAAAAUGGUCUACUUAUUUCCGGUUCUCUUAACGGUUUAGCUGAUGAUCUUAAAGUUGCUGAGGAAGAGAUAAACGACUUUCGACACAAAUCAUCAGGAGUCGUUAUUAAUUUACAACAUAAAGUGUCAUUAAUCUACGACAUAUUAGAUGUUGUAAAAUCAUCGGAUGAAGAUGAAAACGUCUAUCUCUACGACACAUUUAUUCCCGACCUUUUCGUUGAACAAUUUUAUAAAAUCAUCACUUAUUGGGAUGAUGAACAAAAUUUCUCAGGAUUCAUUCAACGGCAAUUAAAAGUUCUGGAACUCGUCUUUCGAGAGUUAAAAGGACAAUUAAAUAAGAUGAUUGAUUCAUUCAGUAAGGUUAAACUAGAUGCUAGGCAUCUUUCCUUUUAUUUGCUAAAUGCUGAGAGAGAAGCUGAGAGCGCAAUUAAAAACUAUUGGGCUGAAAGUUUCAUCGAUCAUUGCAAAAUAAUCAGGGCGGAAAAGGAAUUAAGACAAGUUCGCCAAAUGAAAAAAUUCACUAAGUCAUUAGUUGCAAAUUUGAAUGAAUUUGAUCACUACCUGAGAGAUUAUCAGCGCAAAUUAUUUGAUGUCGAGACAGACAUAGUUUAUACGCGUGCUUUGAAAAAGCUAUCAAAGGGAUUGCUUAAUUAUUUGAAAACUUCCGCCAAUCAAUUCCAGAAAACACAUCGAUUAUUUGAUAUCGUCGAGGAGAAAAUAGGCGGUAGUCAGUCGAUGUCAUUAAAAAAUACAAUAACUUUAGAAUACGAAGAAUCAUACAUACCUCCAUAUCUGGGUUUAAUUUAUUAA